AAAGUCCCUGGAGUCCAUAAACUCAAGGCUUCAGCUGGUUAUGAAAAGUGGCAAAUAUGUGCUCGGAUACAAACAGACUCUGAAGAUGAUCCGGCAGGGCAAAGCCAAGUUGGUCAUCCUCGCCAACAACUGUCCUGCUUUGAGAAAAUCGGAGAUUGAGUACUAUGCUAUGCUUGCCAAGACUGGCGUCCACCAUUACAGUGGCAACAACAUUGAAUUGGGCACAGCAUGUGGAAAAUACUACAGAGUGUGCACACUGGCCAUCAUUGACCCAGGUGACUCUGACAUCAUUAGAAGCAUGCCAGAACAAACCAGUGAGAAGUAAAUGCUGUAAAGGUGUUAUUUCUACAAUAAAACUGGUUACAGAUAUCUUUUAAGAAAAAUUUCUAUUAUACCUUUCUUGGUUUUGGGAACAAACAUAUAAAUGAAGAUUCAUUACC